AUGGUCGCCACUUAUGGCUGGGAUCGCUGGCUUUCGCUCGUCCUUGCGAUAGCGGUCAGUCUAUCAACACUCUCCUCUUCCGCAGCUUCGGCCGCUGUGCUAUCAGCAUCGGCAUCAGACCGAAGUACCGCCGAGCAAGAGCCCAUCGUUCACCCUUCGUUUCGAGCGAUGAUAGUCGGCGACUCCAUGUCCCAAGGCAAGGACGGUCAAUACACCUGGCGCUAUCGCUUCUGGCAAUACCUACGAUCCUCAGUUUCCGUCGUCACGCCUCAGUUCGUCGGCCCUUUCAAUGGCACCUUCCUCGAUGACCAUAAUCCAAACACCGUCUUCCACAUGAAAGGCAAGUAUGCCGCCGGUGUUGACCCAGAGUUUCUGGCCGGCUCUUGCGCCCACGCCUCUGCAUGGGGUCGGCCCCUGAGCUGGAGCGAGCUGACGAUCGCCGGCUGGGUCAAAGUCCACCAGCCAGACUGGGUGUUGCUGAUGAUGGGUUUCAAUGACCUGUCGUGGAUGGGUGCGGCUGCCGAUGAACUCAUGGAGCACUUCGAGAACGACUGUCCCGCACCAGAACUGGCUAAGUCGGUGACUCGUGAGCAUCUUGUGAAUGUGACGGAACAGUAUAAUCGCAGGUUGAUCGGGAACAUCACCAGGAUCGAGCACAAGGGUGAGCCAAGCAGUAUGAUCAAACUGGUGCAUCUCAAUCGUGUUUACGGCUGUCAGCCCGAUUACUGUCCAGACGGGUGGGAUGGGCUGCAUCCGAACGAAGACGGCGAAUGGGAUAUCGCCCGUGCUUUCUCGAUAGCGAUGGUCGAGAUGGGCCUAACAGAAAAGGCCAUCGGAAACUGCCUCAUCGACUGA